AUGGGCGAUUUUAAUAUAGUUAGAUGGCAGAAUGAGAAGUCAGAUCCUACUCAUUUUGACGUAAAUGCUGGUGGGGAGUUUAAUAAAUGCUUGGAAGAUAUUGGUAUGGAAGAUCUGAAUACAAAAGGCUCUUGGUUUACUUGGUCAAAUAAAAGGAGUGGUCAAGAUCAUUGUUGCAGUCGAUUGGACAGAGCUCUAGUUAAUAAUCAAUGGCAGAAUUUGUUUAAGGAGACUGAAGCUGCAGUUCUUACUCCAGGUGUUUCUGAUCACAGCCCACUAGUGGUUUCUCUUUUUCCUUAUAAGGGAGGGAAAAAACCAUUUAAAUUUUUUAAUUUUUGGAUGAACCAUAAGAACUUCUCCUCUCUUCUUACUUUGUCAUGGUGUAAUCCUGUGGAAAAUGGUGAUAAUCCUAUGCUGCUCCUGUAUAAUAAGAUGCGAAGACUAAAGCCUUGUCUAAGGGAAUUCAAUAAGGAAUUCUAUAUUGAUAUUCAAAAUAGGGUGAUGGUUGCUAGGGAGGAGCUUCUUAGUGUUCAAAGUCGUCGUGCUCACUCUUCUAGUGAUCCCAUCUUGCUGGACUACGAAAAGCUUUGUCUGCUGAAUUUUAAUGAUCUUAGUGCUGCUGAAGAAGCUUGGAGUAAGCAGAAAUCCAGAAUUAAGUGGCUGGAGCUGGGGGAUAAAUAA